AGACCUGGAAUUGUUGGAGCCAGAGAGCGAGAGUAAAGAAUUCUGCCAUUCCCUUGUAGGACUCAAGCUUGGUGUCAAAAUGGCAAGUUAUUCCCGCUACCAUAAUGCCAAUUUUCAGUCAUUUGUUAGGCAAGAUUAUCUAUUUCCUGAACCGAAGAGCAGGUAUGAUCACAUCAAAAGCGAGGUCCAACUAAACAGGAACUAUGGAGAUCAUAGGAAAUCCAUGAGCGCAACCGUGUAUUCUGGCGAAUAUGGACCCAAACACAUGGACCACACAUCCAAGCCCAAGAUGAGACCAACAUCACCCACAAGGAUGAACAAACCUCACCCACCUGAGGUAUUUUUAGUUACCACUCUUCAUAAUAUACCAGGAUAUUAUAAUUGUGAAAAUGGAACUUCUUCAGAAAAAGGUAAAGGAAACUGUUCUUCAGCUCGGCAGUCUAAGGGUGUGUUGGGAGGAAACAAAAAUACGGUGCAGAUAUUCCGAAAUUCAAGCAUUAGCCUGGCAGCUGAAGCCUGGAUGAAGCUUGCUAGUGGAAAAGACUGUGAGGCUGUUGAGAAAAUGAUGGCGUUUAUAGCAGAGAACCGCAGCAAGAGUGAGGAUGUAAAUGUCAAGAAAAGCCAUGUAUUCCAGAUGCUAUGCCAAUGUGUGAAACCUGACUUUACCGUCCCAGCAUAUCACUGGAUAAAGAAGGCUGGAACAGAUGAAACAGCUGCUGUUUUGAGAUUGCUGUGGACUUUGUCAACAGAUCCACAAACAGCAACACCAAAAGCAGAAACUGGACAUCCACGCAGAUCAGAAUAUGUCAUACACCCCGAAUGGAGAAUACAGCCCUAG